AUGGGAUUUAUGGAGCUAUUAUCGUGUGAUUAUUUUUUGCACUGUUAUUCUACUCAGAUUAAAUGAAAAAAAUUCCCCUGAGUGUCAUUUUUAAGAUUUUUAGCUUGACUUGCUGACUAUUUAAUGCCGAUUUUAGGUAAUUUAUGCUUUGUUCCGUUUAUUUCGAUGUGUUUGAAUGUGUUUGUGUGCGAUCAAUCUAUUGGAUAG